AGUUAGUGAGAGAAAGUGUAGACGCCAAAAGCCAUUUAGAACCCCCAUUAUCAUCGUAAUAUUUGUAUACCUGAACUUUGUAGAUCCAUUUCUAGCUCUCUCUGUACAUAUACGCAUAUAUAAUCUAUGUACAUACGGAUCGCAGUGAGUAAUGGUUCGAUUUGGAAACUUUUGCCGAGAGACACUCUCGGACCUCCUCUCGAAAUAUCCGAAUUUGGGGGGUUGGAUGCGCUAGAGAUAAGAUAUUAAAUUUGCUGCAUUCAACGAAUGAAGGUGACUGCAUCGCAUAUUGAGAUGGAUUCUGACAGACGAAAAAAAAAUGAUAAAGCUUCUUUGCCCAAUGUAGGUGGGGUUGGGCAAACAAAAUCUGCUUUUGGAAAGUAUUCUGAUUCAGAUAUGUUGUCUUGGAUAAAAAGACUUGCCUUAGAUCCUUGUACUUCAGGACCAUCACAGAGUACAAUUCGACCAUUGUGGAACCAAACUAUGAAAGUGCGAAAAGUUAUGGCUUUAAGUGUUACUGAAUUUCCUCGGAGAAAGCGAAAAUUGCAGCAGUUUCUAAAAGAUAAGUUUGCUUAUGCACGUGGAUUGACUUCAGAAACAUCUAAUCAGCAAAGCGUCACAAAUCUGAGUAAAGGACAGUUAUCUCGUGCCUCUUCAAAUUCAUGCUUACUCAAUUCGAUUGACUCCACUGGAAGUUUUAACAAGAAAAUCUUUUUGAACUCGUCUAGUUCAGGCAGUUUAUUGACAUGCGAGGAUAAUGUGGUAGACUGGGGUCCACCUAACCAUGAUAUCUGUCCUUCAAUUGAGUCUGACGAAUCAAUCAGUGGUUCAAUCCUGGUAAGCCCCAAAAGACUGAACCUCGACAAUCCAAAAAACUCAUUGGAUUUGGAUGAUUCAGUUCACAGUUCAAGCUCCCCAAGUUCUGGGGAGCCAAAACAAGUGUAUCUUCAAGCACCUCGACGGUCAAUCAGGCUAUUGAACUUCAUCGGUGAUCAUCUGCAAAGAAUGAUUGUUCCAGUUGGGCCCCGCUUCCAGGCUGAUGUUCCAGAGUGGACUGGCCCACCCAAGAAGGAGAAUCUUAAUGGCCAGGAUGCUGACUCUGAAAAUUCAAGAUGGUUGGGCACGCAAAUUUGGCCCCUCAAAGGAAGAACUACAGAAACCACUAAGCAAGCAGUUGGGGAAGGGAGAUCCAACUCUUGCACAUGUGUUUCUCCUGGGUCUAUUGAUUGCACUAAACGCCACGUUCUUGAGGAAAGGCUCAUAUUACGAUCUGAUCUUGGUCCGGCAUUCUUGAGCUGGAAGUUUGAUGAGAUGGGUGAAGAAGUUUCCAAGUCAUGGACAUUGAAGGAACAAGAAAGGUAUGAGUCACUUGUGAAAAUGUAUCCACUAUCCAACCGAAAGAAUUUUUUGAAACAUGCUUUGAAGUCCUUUCCAUCCAAGGGCAAAGAAAGCAUUUUGAGAUAUUACUUUAAUGUGUUCAUCCCUAGACGAAUGAGCUUGCAAACCAGGCCAUCCCUAACACAAGGACAGUGAUGAUGAUGAAAUGGAAGACUUUGAUGACACGGGUUCACAGAGAGAUAUUGAACGUAGGCUUGCCAUGAUAGAAAGUUGAAAUAACUUGAUACUUGCAUCAGCAUUCUUGAUUGCUGAUGGUUGACAAUGUCUAUACCCAUUGCAAUGAGUUGUGUUCAAAAUUGUAGGUUGAUUUUUGUGGCUACCCUUUUUCGUGUAUGCCUACCUCACCAUUGUUGCUUGGGUUUACAGAAAAUAUAUCGGUCCUUACACUCGACGAGUUCAUUGGGUCGAUAGUAGAUACAUUUGAGUUUCUUUUUUCUGCAGUUUUUCCUUUGAAUGUAUUUGAUAUGGUUCUAUUGAUGGCUGGUUUUUGAUGUGGCGCUGAGUCGCUGAUAAGGACUAGAUACGAGUGGAGUUGGUUUAGAGCAGGAGAGGGAGAGAGCCGAUUUUGCUGAGGAUGGGUAGUACCAAGAGGGACUUAUCUCUCUUGUUGUAUUGGAGGAGGAGAAGAAGGCCUUCUAUUUAUAGAAGUAUCGGACCAGAAGCAUAGACGGUCCACUCCAGACCUAGUCGUAUACUUAGAUGGUACCAGGGACACGUGGCAGCCCUCUUUUGGCCAAUAGUCGGAGGUAGAUAUUUCCAUGUGGCAAACAAGGUAAGUGUGUGUUUGAGUUCGAUGCAUUUUUAUGUUAGUUUCGAACCAUUAUGGUGCACUUAUAGAGUGUGAGGCAAUCAUGGCUAGGGUUUGAUCCCCAACUUCCCCUCCCCUUGCGUAGUUAGUAAUAUACAUGAAGUCCUCAACAUCUUGUUGCAUCGACAAUGAUCAAUUUAAAAAAUAUAGAUUGUAUUUUUUUUCUUUUAA